GCCUCUCUCUUUUCCCAUCCUCUUCUUGUGUUACUCUUCCAUCCUUGUAGUUAUUUUCCAGAAAAAAUAGAUUUCCAAUCACGCUUCCAGCUUUGAGCAUUAAAGCAAAGAAAAGCUAUUUUAUCCAAUGGAGGUCUUGUCUCUUAUUGGAAGUUCUCUUUUAUCUGCUACAUUUGGCAUGCUACACAAAAAGUUGACUGGAUAUCUAAGUGAUCAACUAUGGAAUUCAAAGGAGGAAGUACAUGCUCAGAUGGAGAGUUGGAAGACUCUUUUGUCCAUAAUCACUACUGUACUUCAACAUGCUCAAGAAAAUCAAGUUGCCAACCAAUUUGUGAAGUCAUGUGUUAAUGAUCUUAGAGACUUGGCUUAUGAUAUGGAGGACAUACUAGAAGAGUUUGUCUUGAUGCCAAGAGCUGAGGAUAAGUCUCACAAAGUAGCUAUUGAAAGACUACUUGAGUCUCCUUUUCUCGAAGAUAAGGUGUGGGGUCGAGACAGUGAUAAAGAUGUUAUUCUUCAGAGGUUGCUAAAAGAUGGAGGUAGUCUCAAACAAGACUUUGUUAUUCCCAUCGUUGGAAUGGGUGGACUAGGCAAGACAACUCUUGCUCGGCUCAUUUAUAAUGAUGAAAAAUUGGAAGGCAGGUUUGACUUGAAGGCAUGGGUUUGUGUUAUAGAUGUAUUCAAUGUUCCAAAAAUAAUAGGAACCAUUUUUGAACAUGUAACUGGGGAAGGGUGUGACUCUGAUUUUGGUUUGCUUCAAGAGAAAUUGAAAAGGAAGUUAUCUGGGCGCAAGUUUUUUCUUGUAUUAGAUGAUGUUUGGAAUAAAGAAUAUGGCCAAUGGGAUGUCUUGAAGAGACCUUUUAUGUCAAGAGCUCCCGGAAAGAACUUUGAUGCACACCCAAACCUACAAGAUGUUGGUGAGAAGCUUGUUAAGAGGUGCAAAAGAUUGCCAUUGGCACUAAAAACCCUCGGUGGCAUCUUACGGGGAAAGCUGUGUCGUGAUGAGUGGGAAAAUAUAUUAACUAGUGAGAUAUGGAGUCCAUUAAAAGAUAAAAGUGGAAUUCUUCCUGCUUUGAGAUUAAGCUACAAUCAUCUUCCUUCUCACUUGAAGCAAUGCUUUGCUUAUUAUGCUUUGUUCCCUAAAGACUAUGAAUUUGAUCGAAAGGAGUUGGUUCUGUUAUGGAUGGCUGAAGGCCUAUUACAACAACAGUCACAUGGAAAAAAGCAAAUGGAAGAGGAGAUUGGUCAUCAAUAUUUCCAAGAGUUGUUAUCAAGAUCACCCUUUCAACAAUCAAGUGGAGUUGAAUCACGAUUUGUGAUGCAUGACCUCAUAAAUGAUUUAGCUGUAGAUGUUGUUGGAGCAAUAUAUUGCAAUCUUGAACGUGACAUGGGGCUUACUAAGCUGCCUAAAACAAUUGGGAAUCUAAUUGAUCUCCAUCAUCUUGAUAUCUCUUAUACAUCAUUUUUAAAAGAGAUGCCAUCAAGAAUAGCUAAUCUUAAAAAUCUUGUAACACUGUCUAAAUUGAUCGUGGGGAAGGCAAGUGGAAUGAUGAGAUUAUCUGAUUUGAAGAACUUGUUGCAACUUCAAGGAACACUAUCUAUUCUAGAUUUGCAAAAUGUUUUGGAUGUUCAAGAUGCUAGGGAGGCCAAUCUAGACAAGAUCCAUGGCAUGGAGGCAAUAAAAGCUGUGGGUCCUGAGUUCUAUGGGCAGCAUGGCUCUUUUCGAUCACUAGAGGAAUUGGGGUUUCAAGACCUGUUAAAUUGGAAGGAAUGGACUUCUCUAGCUAGAAGUGAAGCUUUGGAGUCAUUACCUGAUGUAAUGAUGAUGAGGAUGGAUGGAAGCAAUAAUAGCAACACUAGUAUGUUGAUGUUGAAACUAGAAAAGUUGGAAAUUUAUGGUUGUGAUUCUCUCAAGUCUUUUCCAAAAGGCAAAUUACCCAUCAAGCUUAAAUACUUGAAAAUAGAAGACUGUAAAGGUCUGGAGUCUCUAUCGGAUGCGGAUGGUGACAGUAAUAGCAUUCUACAUUUGGAAAUAAGGAAUGUUCCAUGUUUGUAUUCUUUUGAAGGUUGUCAUCAGCUGCUAGCUUCUCUCAAGACAUUUAGAGUUGAUAAUGGUGGCGAGUGGUUGGAAUCAUUCCCAGAGAGGAUGUUGCAACAUUGUACAGGACUCCAAUCCAUUUCUAUUUGGAAUUGUAAAAUGUUGAAAAGUUUACCCACCCUUAAAUGCAUUAGCAGUCUCGUUCAAUUAUCUAUUAACAAGUGUGAAGUUUUAGAGUCCUUACCAGAAGAGUUGGGAUUAUGCACCCCCAAUCUGAAGGAUUUGAAAGUAGGAUGGUGUGACAAUUUCAAAUCCCUCCCAAAUACAAUGUACCAAUUAAAAUCUCUUCAAAAGCUAUGGAUGUUUGAUUGCCCCAACAUUGAGUUCAUUCUAGAUGGGGGUUUGCCCGCUAACUUAACAGAACUUCAAUUAGUAGCUUGUGAGAAUCUCAAGUGUGUGCCGAAUACAAUGUACCAACUCACAUCGCUUCAGAUUCUAACAAUCCCAGGUGGGGCUUUGAAGAUGGACCUCCAAAACCUUACUUCUCUUCAAAACUUAUCAAUUAGGCAGAAAUUCCCUCUAGAUAUUAGGCUGCCUUCUUCUUUAACCUCUCUUGGGAUUUGUGAUGAAGAAAAUUUGAAAUCCAUACUUGGGGGGCUCUUCCAAAACCUAAGCUCCCUUCGUUUCUUAGGGACAUUUGACUGGCCGAAGCUACAAUCUUUGCCAAGGGAAGCCUUCCCUCCCUCGCUUGAAGAACUACAUAUCACAGGGUGCCCACAUCUAAAAUGACAAUGCUUUGUGGCAAAAGGAGACUAUUGGACUCUCACCCAUGGCAUCCCAAAGGUUGUGAUAGAUUAGAAAGAGGUAAUAAGACCUUAGUGUGAAUUGAAAUAGGCAUCACCAUUUUAUGCUUUUCAUAUGAGAAUUUAUAAAAAUCUUUAAUAGAGACACUUUUCUUUG